UGUAACCAACGAAACCAAUAUGAAAUUCCUCAUCUGUUUGGCCUUUUGCAUUGCCGUCGCCCAGGCUGGUUUAUUGGCUGCACCUGUCACCACGUACUCCGCACUGGCUCCAGUUGCCACCUACUCGGCCGUGGCUCCGGUUGCCACCUACUCGGCCGUGUCACCUCUUCGAUACUCCACCUAUGCUGCUGCUGCUGCCCCCGUCUACAGGACACCCGUGACCACCUACGCCGCAGCUCCUGCAACAGUCUACACCGCACCCUUGACCACCUACGCAGCAACCGCAGUUGUAAGCCCCUUCAUCAAGAAGUAGGACAUAAUGUAUUGAAGAUGUGACCCUUGGAAUAAUUACGAAAUAAAAUAAAUAAAUGACAGCAUACAAACUAA